AUGGCUGAACAACAAGCAUACACCGUGGCAUCCGACAGCGAAACCAUCGGCGACGAAAAACCCUCGUCCCUCUUCCCCGAGAUCGCGAUCGGUAUCGACAUCGGCACCUCCCACUGCCGCGCCGCCAUCUGGCACGACUCCCGAGUCGUGCUCCUCCGCAACUCCCGCGGCCAAACGUCCCUACGCUCGUGUGUCGCCUUCAGGGACAUCGGCCCCCCGACUAUCGGCCACCCUUCAGGCGGCGGCGAGCCACAAGUCCUAUCAGGCUCCACCAUUUUCAACAUCAAGCGCCUCGUGGGCCGAUCUGACCUGGACCCUACCCUGGCCCGUGCAGCCGAGACCCUCCCAUUCUUAGUCCAGACGCUUAACAUCGGCGUUCGCCCAUUUAUAGCUGCCCUCGUUCAGAAUGCAUGGCGGUCGACUACCCCAGAAGAGGCCCUUGCAGUGCUCCUCGUCGAGAUUCGGGCCUUGGCCGAGGCCCAUUUGCGCCAGCCCGUGCGAAAGGCCGUUUUAACAGUCCCCGUCUCUUUCAGCCGGUUUCAAACAACGAGAGUCGAACGGGCCUGCGCCAUGGCAGGCCUUCACGUCUUGAGGCUGAUGCCCGAGCCAACUGCAGUCGCCCUUCUCUACGCACAGCAGCAGAACACGAACGAGAAUAUCGGAAAUGAGAAAAUUGCGGUCAUAGUAAACGUGGGAGCCGGUUUUUGCGACGUGGCAGUUUCUGCCACUGCUGGCGGGGUCUCGCAGAUAAAGGCGCUCUCGGGAGUUGCGUUGGGGGGAGAGGAUUUGUUAGCGAAUACAAUUCGCCACCUGGCGCCUGGCCCGGAGGGCAAGUUCGGGCUACGUGGGCCCGAGGAGAUAAAAAGGAUGGGUUUGCUCCGGGUUGCGGUCCAGGAAGCUAUCCACGGGCUCUCGACUCGGCUUGAAGUGGGCGUCGAUGUCGACUUAAAGAACGGGAGGAAAAUUUGCCGGGUCCUCAGCAGGCGGGAGUUUGAGGAAGUGAAUCGCGAAAUAUUCGACGAAUGUGAAAAUUUAAUCGUUACGUGCUUACGCGAUGCGAAAAUCGACGCGAAGGACUUGAACGAUGUGAUUCUUGUCGGUGGGUGUUCGGAAAUUCCUAAAAUACAGGAGAUUGUGAAGGGCGUUUGUGGGAGAGAGAUUUAUUUAGGGAUUGACCGGUUUGAGGGUGCGGUUUGUGGGGCCGCUUUGGAAGGGGCGGUGGCUUCGGGAGUGAACGACCCGUUUGGGAGCCUUGAUCUCUUGACUAUUCAGGCGACUCCACUUGGGAUUGGGAUUCGGGCCCACGGAAACACGUUUGUCCCGAUUAUACAUCCGAACACGACUGUUCCGGUUAAAAGGGACGUGAUUUUCACGACAGUUCAUGAUAACCAAACAGAAGCUCUUGUGGUUGUGUAUGAGGGUAAUGAGAAAGCAGUGGAGAAGAACAAUCUCUUGGGGUUCUUCAAAAUUACGGGAAUACCCUCGGCGCCUAAAGGUGUACCGGAGAUUGCUAUAUGUCUUGAUAUUGAUGCGUCGAGUGAGUUGAGGGUUUUUGUGGGUGUGGUGAUGCCGGGCGGUCAGGGGCCCGUGGGCCCGGUUAUGGAGGUUAGGAUGCCGACUGUGGAUGAUGGACAUGGUUGGUGUGCGAGUGCUCUUGACAAGGCUUAUGGGUCGAGUUUGGAUUUAGCGACAGUGGAGAAGAGCCGUUAG